GAUAAACACCAAGCAACCUACAAACUCUGAGUAAAAGUCUUCACAGUUGGAGACAUCAGACGACAAUGUCAGAUGACGCAGCUUCUGUAGAACCAGACGGAAACUUGGAGAUAAUAUAUCAACAAGAUCACUAUGACAAUGGGACGCUAAUUCAACACAAAUAUAAAGCCGCACAGCUCGUGACAUCAACCCAUGCGAGGAAAUCAUAUGGUCUCCAAGGUGACUGCCAAACAAGUGAUGGCGCCCCAGCUACAGUUAAUAAAACGUUUGAUGAAACUAAAUCAGUGGAACAGUGGCAACAGAGUGAUGCGGAAGAGAAACGUAUAGAAUUUAUGGAUACUCUUCAGAAAAAAGGAUCUAUGAAAAUCCAAAUGAUAGGGCUACCAGGUGUCGGCAAGACUAGUUUCUUGAAUACUCUUGCAGCAGCCAUUUGUGGACACUUUGACGAGUCAUUCGAGGUCACGAAAGUGGAAGAAUUCGAUCUUCACAUAAUAUUUAAUGCUGGAAACAAUCCAAGUGUGAAGAGAUUAAUAAAGGAAAAGCCAUUUUCAUCAGGACUCACUGGACAAGAAGGUGGGAUGUAUAGUAAACGGCGGUUCAAGAAAGUCAUCAGAUCAUUGAUAUUUGGUCCAGUUAAAGACGGUGAAAAUAUCAUUGGUCCCGAUGGUCUGUUAUCUAUGGAAACAAUGGAAAUACGAAAGACAUUUUCAAGUGCUGAGUCUGAAGAGGAAACGCAACCGGAUGUUGUCUUCAGAAUUAUAUCAGCAGAUUCUCCCCUGCCCGACGCCAUGUUGAAUGACGUUAGACAAACGCUGCGAUAUAAACAAAAUGUGCGUGUAUGUGGUGUAAUCACAAAGAUCGAUACAGUAACUGAUUGCGACGUCUAUCGACUAAAGAAAGAGAAAUUCAUCGACAUACUGAAUUUAAAGAGAGAGGAACACACCCUAUUAGAGCUAAAAAAUUACGUAGGUGUGAGGCCGGGUGAACGUCGUCCAAGUAUUGACAUGAAUGUCCUGAACAUUUUACUUCGAUUAUUAAAGGAAUUACCGGAUAAGGAGACUAUGAAAGGAUUGGACCAACUCGACCAAGAAUUUGAGGGUGAUGUAACGGAUAUCCUCGGAUAUAGCGAAGAAUGGAUUGAUUCGUUAUGCUAUCUUGCAAAAGUAUUUGUUUCAUCUAUUGCCAUUGGCGCCGGUAUUUUACUGUAUGUGAUGUGUCGUAUAGGUAUGUUUUAACCCUCCAAGUGCAAAACAGUGGUGAUGUGUCUUAUUUCGAGUACACAACCAUUCAGACACGAAAUAUAACUCUUGAAUAGACAACAUAACUGACUAUGUUUCUUUGAUUUAGUUUUCAUAUUUGAUCUUUUUACUUAAGACAGUUUACUCAUUAAUCCAAGAACUUUUCAUUUUCCAGUGCGUUCGUUACAAGUCAAUUAUAAUUUGUCAUAUUAAUUCGCUACUAAAAUGGGUUGCAUCACAAGGGGAACAUUUUUCAAUUAUUCAAUCAUGAACAUAGACAUUACAUUUAAAGAUCAAUAUA